GUUCACCACAAUGGCUACAAAGAGAAAGUCCACCAGCACGACGGGACUGGCGAGAAAGAAAGCCAAGCUGCUUCCCAGCGUGGAAGAGUUCCAGAACUUCUACCUGUCGUCGUUAAAAUUGAUUUAUGACCUUCGUGAUGACGCCAAUGAAAGAGUGCUUGUGACCCCGUUCAUUAAGCUUCCUCCCAAAAAGUUAUAUCCCGAUUAUACUGAUAUCGUAUCUAAUCCCAUCACUAUUUCCGAUAUUCAGAGAAAGGUGACCAAGGGAAAGUACUCGGGGACUGACGCACAAGAGUUUUUGGACGAUUUCAAGCUUUUGCUCGAUAAUGCUGCUCUUUAUAACGAACCAGAUUCAUGGGUGGUUGCAGACGCCUCCAAAGUGUACGAGUUUGUGCGGGAACAGGUGGCUCAGUUCGUCGACGACGUGGUAGGAGAAUCGUCCCACGAACUAACAAAUGAUGACUUGCUCCAGGCGGCUGAGCAGUUGCUUAACCUGGUGAUAGAACACGAGUUUCCUGAAAUCGGUGUCAUUAGUGGACCUUUUAUGGACAAUAUCAACAAGAAAGAGUACCCCGACUACUUCAAAGUCAUCAAAAACCCCACUUCUUUCAACAAGGUGUUGGGAGAGUUGGAUACCUCGAUCAUUAUUCCUGAAGAUCCGGUCGACGAAAACCUUGAAAGACUCUAUGAAGAGACCAAAUUGAUUUUCUCCAAUGCUCAGUCUUAUAACGAUCCAAACUCGUUGAUCCAUCAAGACUCGUUGAAGUUGGAGGAGUUGUUUGAAGACAAGUUCCAAGAGUUGAGGACCAGCUUCAUUCCUGAAGCAAAACCCUUGAAGUUCAAAAUCCCUGCCGUAGCGGCCAUUCCUGAAAAACCUGAGCCCAAGAAGCGUGGAAGAAAGAAGAAGGUGGUGGUAGAGUCUGAGCCAGAAGAGCUGGAAAACGAUAGUGAUGAGGAUGACAUUGAAGACGAGGAAGUACUUGAAGAAGGUGCUCCUGCUCCAGAAGUCAAGGAGGAAGAAGAGGCUCCUCCGAUCCCUACUUUGGAAUCUAAUGUCAUGGGAAGAACCCAGACGCUUGGUUCGACCGACGAAGUGUUCAUUAAAGACGCAUAUAUCGCAUCUUCUGCUUCCACCGUAAGCCAAAUUCUCAGCCAAACCCAAGAGUUCAACAACUACAGAGCUUCACAGCCAGUUUCCAGGUACCAACUUAUAAAGGACACUUUGUUCUCCAAUGCCACCGACUCGUUGUCUACAUUGAUCGAAUAUAAGUUUCCCUCCAACGGCUACUGCACCCAGUCUUAUACAUUCUCGUUACCAUCUGACUCAUCCUCGUACAUCACCAUGAAGUUCAACUUGCAUGACUACUUGUUUGGUUUGAAAGAAGAGGAUAUUCGCAAUGGACAAAGCUUUGCAGGAGUUGCCUCUGAUGAGGAGUUCCAGUGUAAGCUUUUUGUGAACGAUAACGAGGUUGAAAACGGGUCCGAUUCCGAUGACACCUCCGACGUCAAUAGAUUGAGGUUACUGUAUGACCUCAAGUUGAGUUUUGGGCUCAAUAUCGUCACUUUCGAAUGUAAGGUGAGUCCCAGUGUAUCGAAACUCAUCAAAAAGUCAAGCACCAAACCCGAGGAAAGUGAAGAGGUUGCUGGAAGACACACCAGACACCAGUUACAACAAAUGAAGAGAUCGUGGGAAGUUGAAAAAUACACCUUCUUCAUCAUCUGCAACAGCUUAUAGAGAUAGCCAUGUAGUAAUGCCAUGUAUUAUAUCAAAUAGAGUAUUAUGCUCAUCAUGCACAUAAUAAAAGUAUCAGAAAUACCAGUGCUAAGAUUCCUAUUUACCAAUACAGAAACUGGAGAACACCACCCCAAGAAUCUCUUCCACCCCAAUUGCUUCCCCCGUGAUCUUGCCGAUUCCCUCUACCGAUUGGCGAAGACACUCAGAUGCCAAAACUACGUCGUCUGCAUCUUUCCAUCUCUCAAACUCAUCAAAACCAUACAAAACAUCCUUGACUAGAAGGUCUUUGACUCUCUCCGAAAUACUUACGGGAUCCGAGUUCCCAGACAGUGUGAUUUCCUGGAAGGUUCCUGUCAAGUGGUCAAGUAGGUUAUUAAUUCCUUCUCCUGUCUUACAAGAUACAGGGAAGAUUGGGGACUUGGGUAAAAGCUCAGCAAAUUGCAGUACAAAUUCCAUCUUUUCAGACCCAGAUGCCAAGUCCUCCUUAUUCAACACACCCACAAUCUGCGCAUUCGAGGCCUUCAACUCCUCGAUGUGGGAGAAGAAAUCAUCCCCCGUAUUACCAAAUUCUUUUCCCAUCGGAAGAACCACCAAAGCAAUAUCGCUUCCAAGACUCCGUGACUUUGCUCUCCUUAUGCCUUC